CUGCCACAUCAGUCCAUCUCCUGGCAAGAUGAGCUUCUCUCUCACAUACACUGAGCUGGUCAACGUAGCCAUACCACAGUGUGGGGUAGUGAACUUCAAGGCCCUUCAUCUCCUGCUACAGGGCAUCCUGGAUCACAUCCAAAUCGCUGAGCUCAAGAAAGUCCUUUCAGGGGACGAGGACUUCCUUCAAGCUUCACCAGUGAUGCUUAUACCCAGGGAAGGAGAUGCACAGCCCAUCAUCAACCCAAUGAAGAGGCUUAGCAACAUCUUUGACCACGUGGUAGACCGGAUGGAAAAGAUAGAGGUCAAACUGGCUGAGAUGCAGGGCAUACCCACGACUGCUAAGCUGUUAGAGGAUAGCCAGGGGACCAAGCGGCCGGCUGAGGAUAUGUGGAAUAACAUCAAGAUCCAGAAGAGGAUUGAGGGCAACGAGCUAGCCACAGAAAAGUUUGCAAAGACUCUGCAGGAUUUGCUCAGUGACCUUCACGUAACCAAGAGCACUGUGGAGACUGUUAAGAAGGAUAUGGACACGGUUAAGUUUGUAUUUGAAAAGCUAAACCCACAAAAAAUGGAACUUCUCUGUGAUGACUUGAAAGUACAGAACCGGAAGCUGGGUGCCCUGCAGCGGGAAGUGGUUACUCUCCAGAACAAGGUCCGUGCUAUCCCCCAACCUGAGGAGAUGGUACUCUGGAGUAGCCUCCACGAGGCCAUGUUCAGUCUGGGAAAGCAUAAGCCGGAAGUGGAGCCGUCCACUGUGCGGCAGAGCGUGACUUCUCUUCCAGAGAGUCCCUUGGAGCAGCAGCCGCCUGAGGAUGUCCCCAUUCCCAGUGCCACCCCUAUGCACACCAUGGUGCAGUUUGGAACCACAGGGAUCCUCAAGGGGGACGAGUUCACUCGGGCUGUUGAGUUUGCUGACUCCCAGGGCAUAGAGCUGGGUCAGGCCUCUGUGUCUCAGACACACAGUCUGAGACAGGCUGUCCCUGUCCCUGUCUCUGUCCCUGUCUCUGUCCCUGUCGGGAUCCCUGCCUCUGUCCCUGUCUCUGUCCCUGUCUCUGCCCCUGUCUCUGUCCCUGUCGGGAUCCCUGUCUCUGCCCCUGUCUCCGUCCCUGCCGGGGUCCCUGUCUAUGCCCCUGUCUCCGUCCCUGCCGGGGUCCCUGUCUCUGCCCCUGUCUCCGUCCCUGCCGGGGUCCCUGUCUCUGCCCCUGUCUCCGUCCCUGCCGGGGUCCCUGUCUCUGCCCCUGUCUCCGUCCCUGCCGGGGUCCCUGUCUAUGCCCCUGUGUCCGUCCCUGCCGGGGUCCCUGUCUAUGCCCCUGUGUCCGUCCCUGCCGGGGUCCCUGUCUCUGCCCCUGUGUCCGUCCCUGCCGGGGUCCCUGUCUCUGCCCCUGUCUCCGUCCCUGCCGGGGUCCCUGUCUCUGCCCCUGUCUCCGUCCCUGCCGGGGUCCCUGUCUAUGCCCCUGUCUCCGUCCCUGCCGGGGUCCCUGUCUCUGCCCCUGUCUCCGUCCCUGCCGGGGUCCCUGUCUCUGCCCCUGUCUCCGUCCCUGCCGGGGUCCCUGUCUCUGCCCCUGUCUCCGUCCCUGCCGGGGUCCCUGUCUCUGCCCCUGUCUCCGUCCCUGCCGGGGUCCCUGUCUCUGCCCCUGUCUCCGUCCCUGCCGGGGUCCCUGUCUCUGCCCCUGUCUCCGUCCCUGCCGGGGUCCCUGUCUCUGCCCCUGUCUCCGUCCCUGCCGGGGUCCCUGUCUCUGCCCCUGUCUCCGUCCCUGCCGGGGUCCCUGUCUCUGCCCCUGUCUCCGUCCCUGCCGGGGUCCCUGUCUCUGCCCCUGUCUCCGUCCCUGCCGGGGUCCCUGUCUCUGCCCCUGUCUCCGUCCCUGCCGGGGUCCCUGUCUCUGCCCCUGUCUCUGUCCCUGCCGGGGUCCCUGUCUCUGUCCCUGCCGGGGUCCCUGUCUCUGCCCCUGUCUCCGUCCCUGCCGGGUUCCCUGUCUAUGCCCCUGUCUCUGUCCCUGCCGGGGUCCCUGUCUCUGCCCCUGUGUCCAUCCCUGCCGGGGUCCCUGUCUCUGCCCCUGUCUCUGUCCCUGCCGGGGUCCCUGUCUCUGCCCCUGUCUCUGUCCCUGCCGGGGUCCCUGCCAGGGUCCCUGUCUCUGUCCCUGCCAGGGUUCCUGUCUCUGCCCCUGUCUCUGUCCCUGCCAGGGUCCCUGUCUCUGUCCCUGCCGGGGUCCCUGCCAGGGUCCCUGUCUCUGUCCCUGCCGGGGUCCCUGCCAGGGUCCCUGUCUCUGUCCCUGCCGGGGUCCCUGCCAGGGUCCCUGUCUCUGUCCCUGCCGGGGUCCCUGCCAAGGUCCCUGUCUCUGUCCCUGCCGGGGUCCCUGCCAGGGUCCCUGUCUCUGCCCCUGUCUCUGUCCCUGCCGGGGUCCCUGUCUCUGCCCCUGUCUCCGUCCCUGCCGGGGUCCCUACCGGGGUCCCUGUCUCUGUCCCUGCCGGGGUCCCUGCCGGGGUCCCUGUCUCUGUCCCUGCCGGGGUCCCUGUCUCCGUCCCUGCCGGGGUCCCUGUCUCUGUCCCUGCCGGGGUCCCUGUCUCUGCCCCUGUCUCCGUCCCUGCCGGGGUCCCUGUCUCUGCCCCUGUCUCCGUCCCUGCCGGGGUCCCUGUCUCUGCCCCUGUCUCUGUCCCUGCCGGGGUCCCUGUCUCUGCCCCUGUGUCCGUCCCUGCCGGGGUCCCUGUCUCUGCCCCUGUCUCCGUCCCUGCCGGGGUCCCUGUCUCUGCCCCUGUCUCUGUCCCUGCCGGGGUCCCUGUCUCUGCCCCUGUCUCUGUCCCUGCCGGGGUCCCUGGAUUUGCGUCUGGGCCUGGUUUCAUGCCAGUCUUUGGCCCUAGACCUGGAAUGGUUCCCCCAGGUGUAUGGACCUCACCACCAAGAGCCUGGGCUAGGGGUAAUGUUUGGCCCGUGUGGGAUAUGGGGCCCUACCAGACUGGCCCAGGUCCAAUUCGCCCCAUGGGACAGAUGGCCCGUGCUCGUUUCUCCGUCAUGGACACUGGAAUACCGUGGACUAUGCCGCAGACCUACCGGCUCCCGGGUCUUGAAGAAAGAGGGGAUGAAUACGAGUACUUCCUUCCAGGCCCUCGGGAAGAGAUGCGUAUGGAUGAGAUUCCCCAGGAAGAGAUCUCUGAGUAUAGGGCUCCUCAGGAAGAGAUCUCUGAGUACGGGGCUCCCGAGGAAGAGAUCCCUUCGGAAGGGGCUUCCCAGGAAGAGAUGUCUACAGAAGGGGCUCCCUCGGAUGGGAUUCGCAAGGGAAGAGUUCCUCGGGAGAAGAUUUCCAAAGUAAAGGCCCCCAGGUACAGAACCCCUAAGGAGAGGGUUUCCCAUCACAGAGCCCCCAAGGAUGUGGGCUCCCAAGAAAUGGUCAUCAAAGAAGAGACUCCUGAAGUCAAAGUCCUCAAAAAGGUGAUCUACAAAGACAAAACCCAGAAGGACAAGGCCUCGGAACAACGCCAUAAGGCCCCACCGCCUGCCUUAAAGAAGCUGAGGUCUGCUAUUACCAUAGCUGCAGCAGCUGCCGCUGCAUAUGCAGCCGCAGCAAACUCAGCUGCCCAGGUAGCCAAAGAUGCUGCCAAGGCCAUCCAGGAUGUUCCUGCAACCCAGAUGGCUGCCGAAGCAUCACGCGUUGCAUCCUCAGUGCCUCUAGGGGCCUUUGCAGAUAUCCUGGGUGCAGGAUUUCGCCGUGGGGCCACCAUCAACCUACCUUUCCGUGAUGAGGAGAUGGAAGAGUUUCCUGAAGAAUUUACAGCACCCUUUAACCCCUUCCCAGCCAAACCAGUCCUGUCCCAGGCUAUGAUAAAUGCCAUGUACGCUACGAGUCCUGAAGAAAAGAAAAAGGCUGUGCAGUAUUCCAUGAGCCAUAUUGCCCAGAUGCCUAUCAGACAUGACUCCCUGAAAGAAGAGUUUGCCAACCUGUCAACCAACUUAAACCAGCGUCUAAAUUACCUAGCUAACAUGGGAAGCUCUGGUGUGCUUGGUAAUACGGUAAAUGUACUGGAGGAAAAGAUUGUUAACCUCCAGAAGGCCAGGCUGCAGGAGGAAGAACUGGAGAGAGUUUGGGGACACCAGAUAGACACAAUGAAGAGUCACUACAUGGUGCUAGACAGGGCGGUGGAAAGGCUCCAGGUUCGCAUGGACGACUUGAAGGUCCUCAAGGCGGAACUCGAAAGGCUGGAUCUGGUUAAGGCAGAUAAAACAGCCAUAGAUCUGGAGCUGAAUGAAAAAGCUGACAGGGACAUGCUAGCGAGCAAGGCGAAUAGAGUGGACCUGGAGACGGUGGCGAUGGACCUGAAUGAGAUGAUCCACAGUCUGCUUCUCAAGAUCACAAACUACGAGUCUGACUGGAAGAAGUCUCUGAAACAUCUCAGGAAGGACCUGAACACUAAGCUAGUGCAGAGCGAUCUGAAUAGCCUGAAGAAGGACAUAGAAGAGGUCUGGAACAUAGUCAGGAAGCUUCUGCUAGAAGGCCUCCGGUUCGACCCUGACAGUGCUGCAGGCUUUAAGAAGAAAUUGUUUGAGAGGGUAAAGUGCAUCUCCUGCGACCGGCCUGUAGAGAUGAUGACUGGCCCACAGCUCAUCACCAUUCGCAACAUCCACGGGGGGCUGUCACGAAUAAGGCCAGCCAGUGCCAACAGCUAUGAGUAUCUGCAGCGACAGCUGAUGAGGGAGCAACAGCAGCAGCUGCAUUUCCAGACCUUUGGAGUCCAUGAGGAGGGCCUGGGCCUCCAGAAGGACUGGGGUGAUGGGCCCCGAAAUGAGACCAUCUUGAAGCACAAGUCACACGACCUGACAACAUUCUAUCCUUAUGGGGACCCCGAGCUGAUGGACUAUGAUACCGCCGAGGUGGACAUCCUGGGGGUAAACGGAAUUCUUUACAAAGGCCGAAUGUGCAGCCAGAUUGGGACUCGGAUGGGGGAGAAGGACCUGGCAGCUGUGAAAGUCUCGUGUCACACCGUUCAAAACCUGAUUGACCGCGUGCGCCCAGGAUCCUUACUUGCUUCAGGCUACCCGCCCUUGGGCCCCCGCACCAGCAUCAACUCCGCCACCAGUCUACACUCUGCAACCACCAUGAUGGCACGGUCACCAUCCCUGCCACCAGGGCCGCAGCUACCACCACUCAUCCCAGUCUCAAGGGAUCCCCAAGAGGCCCCUGGAUCUGCCAAGCGCUUGAAAUCUCCACGACUGUAGCACACCAACCCGUGAGACCCAUGCCUGUGACCCAACUACUAUAGGGGGAGGGGUCCCCUUUGCUCAAAGAAAGAGACCCGGAGCCCUGGAACAGAUCCAGGAAAGGGUGUGGGGAUCCUGGAUGGGGGGGGGGGGGGAGGGUCUGCAUAAGGGACCCAUGUUGACUCAGUGUUUAACUGUGUAUCUGAAAUACAAAACACAGUCGUUCC